GUUAGUAUGGCCAAUUACAUUGUAUGUUUGGCCCAUUUCUGCGAGAUUCAUGGUCCUUCCAGUAUAAGCUGUACCCAAUACACUACGCCAGAAUUGAAAUCUCAAUACCUUCUUCCUGCUAAAUCGAAAUUACAAACAUGUGCAUCUUGUAAGUUAGUCUUACCCGAUGAUAGUAUCAAUGUGGUCACUAAAGAGAAUAAUCAACUUGGCGACUUGAAAAACAAUAGAGACAAUUCCAUCUUUAUUUCGACCCAUUAUCCAGUAUCUCAAAAACGUUAUACUUCAUUGAUGAAAUUGGUAAUGAAGUCGCUAUCGGUUGAAACCACCUCAGAUUUAUCUAAACCCAUCUUCUAUGGUGAUAUAAUCAAUGGGUAUUGUAUAAACAAGGUAUUCAAGAUUAAAGACGUUAAUGCCAGAGGAGGUGAACGAAAAUACUCCUUCAUGGUCAUUUCAGACUCCGAGAGCGAAUUGCUAUCUAAAUGGGAUAUUGUCAGUCAGUAUCUCAACGAAUUCAUUUCCUUAAUUCAAAAACAAGUCAAUCUGAAUAACUCUACAAACUCAAACAUCUUCGUGGAUAACGAAAGAUACUUGAGAAGAUCAAUGAAUAAACCAAGGUCUCUAGUUGAACUAACCAAUGAUGCCCAGAUCUUUGUCAAAAUUCAUUUAUGGGCAGUCGAACUCCUUAAAGACAUUGACUAA